AAUGAUGGCCGCCCCUUCGUGGCUGUACGAGAAGAGGCACUUAAAAAAGCCACGAUUGGGACCUCCUGACGUUUAUCCGCAGGACCCGAAACAAAAAGAGGACGAGCUCACCGCUAUAAACGUGAAACAGGGGUUUAUUACGAAUCCUCAGAUCAACGACGAGUAUGGUUCUGCCAGAAAUGCAAACAUCACGUCCGCAAAAUUCGGAGCCUUCUUCAGUGGCAUCCUUUCUAAAAAACAAGAACUCAAUACAAUCCAAGAUUCGGCCAAAAAGAAGCAGCAGGUCAAUGCCAAAGAGCACUUUUGGCCGGUUACAGCAAGGUCCAAGAACGCUAUUGAGGCUUGGUUCCGUGAUCUUGCAGGCUCCAAACCACUUACAAGCCUGGCAAAGAAGGUUCCCAUAUUCAACAAAAAGGAAGAAAUAUUCUUGACACUGUUCGAAUUCUCAGUGCCCAUGCUUCGGGCUGCUUGGUUUAUCAAAAUGACCUCAGUUUAUCACGUUGCCAUUUCUGAGGCAAAAAUGAAGAAGAGGCAACUUCCAGACCCGUGCCAAGAGUGGACUGCAUCAUUGUGCAAGUUUCUGCGUGAGCUGCUGCACAAGCUGGUAGAACACAGCCACCCUACAGGCCCACCGCCACCCCUCAGGGAGCAGGUGGAACUACACCAAGUGCAGUGGCACUACUGCACCAACCUGGCCUCGCACCUCUACGAGGAAGGGCUACUAGAUCACCAAGACUUUCUCAGCUGGAUUUUAGAGCUGGUUGAGAAGACCAAGACUCCAGAUGACCCCAUCUUGAAGCUUGUCAUGCCACUCACAUUGCAGGGCUUCUCCAAGGCACUGCUGGAGUUCUGCAGCAAGGGCAUGGUUCCCACGGAGUGUGCAACUCUCUGCCAUAGCAAAGCAAUGCUGGAGUAUAUCCGCAAUAGGAAGCAGCUUCUCGUACAAGCUGUCGCUGGGACGGUCCUCACAUCAAAGGGGGCUCUACUCAGGGCAUCUGCAGUAUGUGGUGAGUUUUCUCGCUCUGAGCUGCUGUCACGGCGUCUGGCUUAUCACUGUUCCAAGAAGCUAAGCCAGCUGGUUGUGGACUACACAGUCAGCUCUUCGAGGAGCCAGAGUCCAGUCACAACUGUCAACUCAGUUACAACGAAUGGCGAAACACAGUGUCUCCAGUGCCAAAUCCUCCCCAUCAGUCCUCUGGCAGCAAGCUUUGCAGAAUGCCUCAGCUGUCCUCAUCAUCGUUCUAUUGUUCUCCAGUUAUCGGUAGUUGUGCAGUACAUCACACUGAAGUGCCCUACCGCUGUGUGGAACAGCAUUGGUGAAGGCAAGGGAAAUCCCGUUCUGAACGGCAGUCCCUUGGACUUGCUACCAUGCCCACCAUCGUGUCUGCCCAUGCCGCCGAAGUCUCUUGGUGGCCAGUCUCCUUUUAAGAUCGCAGAUCAGCAGCAAGUGCGGCAAGAGCUACGUCGAGUGGAGCAGCAGGUGAUUCAGCGAGGGCGGGCAGCCGAGAUGCACUGGUCAUGUGACAAGUGGCAGCAAAUGGCCGCUGGCACAACCAUUACACGGGUGCUGGGCGUCCUAGAUGCCUUGGACAGGCAUAGCUUUGACCGAGUAGAUGCCACCAAUUCCUUGGACACACUUUACUCCAAAGUGUUUGCCAAAAGUGGUGACCAGCCCCCGCCUGCGGCCUCUACACCUGGUGUCCACACUCCUUUGCAGGAUGAGCCCAUUGUGCGACUUUUGUGCGAGUGGGCCGUCACAACUAAACGUAGUGGCGAACACAGGGCCCUGGUCGUGGCACGUCUACUUGAGAAGCGUCAGAACGAGCUCAACAUAGAGAAGUACAAUGAUGCCGACCUGGUGGACGAGAAGGAUUCUCAGGACUCUGGGAUGGCACCCACUGGUUUACCUAUAUUUCAGAGCCUGCUCGUCAAUUUCCUUGACAUGGAAGCCCCUGUCCUUGAUGACAAGCCAUCCCCGAGAACCUUCCCACCUGGGGGUGCCGGUCUGCCAAGUGUCAUGGGAACGGGAGCAGGCGGCAUUGGUGGUGCCCCACGUGCUCCGUCACCUGAACCGUCACUCACAGGUUUCCUUGAUCCCAACCUCGGCCCUUCACCUAGUCAUGGAAGUGCCAGCAAUCCUGGAAACUCUGGUGGCAUGUCCAUGGGUCUAGGACUGGGCGAACUGGGCAUUGGAAAUUUAGGGGAGCCUUCUCGUCAGGCUGACUCACUGCAUAUGUUCGAGCCGGGUGCAGUGAAACAUGAGGUUGGCUGGGGUGUUCAGAUGGACAUGGAUGAUGCGGGACUGGACGCUGACCUGGAUAACAUCUUGCAACGCAUCAAAGAAGGCCAGCAGAACAUGAGUGACCAACCUGAUUCUGUAGGCUCAGACAAGAAAGGGGGCUCUCUCCAAGGGCCCACAACACCCAUGGCAGAGACUCCAGUGGGUGGGGGUGUGGGUUCCCAGCCUGGUGGUGGAGCCUCAGGUGUCGGUGGGGCUCCAGGGAGUGGUGUGCGGAGUCCCAACUGGCCACUGCGGCACCUGCAGUACACCACACACUUUCCUCUGCCUCAGGAGGAAGGAGGCCUCUGGUCUCAUGACUGCAACCAAAGGCACAUUCUGCUCUAUGGUGUGGGAAAGAUUCGUGAUGAGGCACGGCAUGCUCUCAAGAAGGUCACUAAAGAAAUACAGAAGCUGUUUGCCAAGAAAGCAUCGAUGGACAUCGCUGACGGGGGAAAGGUCAAACGACACGCUCGUGAAGGUUUCAACUUUGAGGCAGUCACGGCAAGAUUCCAGUCCCUUUCGUAUUUUGACCAACAUGUGGUUGCCCAAACAUGCGCUGCGUCAGUGGUGGAAAUGUUGGCCGGCUUUGCUGCAGGGUCCUUGAAUCACCUGCCCCUUGUCGACUACAUUGCCUUUCUCUUCGACCUUAUGGAGCUGUCGUUCAACAUUCACGGCUUGAUCAAGUUUGGCCUUCAGCUGCAGGAUUUGUGUGCUUUGUGCAAGCUAGUGAAGAAUGUUGCCAACCCUGCGGAAUGCAGUUCUGCAGAACGCUGCAUACUGUGCUACCUGCAUGACCUGUACUCUUCAUGUUCCUACCUCAAGUCCAAGCAUUCCGAAAUUUUUGGCUCCUUCUACUCAAAAGUCAAGCAAACACUGUACGCCCCUCAGACGCCAUCUUCUCUCAACCUUCGUUGGGAUAGUUCAUACAUGAUUGAAUGUGUAAAUAACCCCAGGGUUAGGGUUGAUCCCCCAACAAAUCAACAGCUCAGUGAAACCCUGCAUUUAGGUUACAGCUUUGUUUGCAAUGCUGUUCAGAGCAUAUCUGUGGCACAAGACGCAGACAGGCUGAAUGACAUCUCUCUCCUGUGUGCUGAACUCACUGCCGGUUGUGGUCUGCUUAGUGCUGAAUGGCUGGGUGUCCUCAAAGCGCUUUGCUGCUCAUCUAAUCAUACUUGUGGCUUCAUUGAUGUCCUCACUCAAGUUGAUGUGAGGGGCGACCUGUCCAUCCACGACAACCUGGCAGUCUUCACGUGCAUUCUGGUGGCAAGGCGCUGUUUCUCCCUUCAGGAUUUCGGGUGCAUGUGGCCAUACCUGGGUGGCGACGCCGACCAGGAUGCAGAGUUGGGUGCCCGGUUGACGUGCCACUUGCUGCUGCGGCUCUUCCGCACAGUAGACUCCGCACCACCUGCGGGAAAUGCCACGCCCCUUCCAAGGCCUCUCUUUCUCAUUCGAUCUCCAUGUGAUCGUCACCUCUUGUCGGCUGCUCACAGCAGCAUGCGUGUCGAGCCAGUCCUUGCAGUCCUCAAGGCUAUCCUGCUGCUCGGGGAUGCUAGCACGCCGACGUUGGAGGCCAAAGCGAAACUGGACUCGGCUCAGGGCAAAGGGGAGCCCAGCAUCAAUGACCUUCUUGGCCCAAUAGAUGACACAGACUUUGACCUCGGGGUGCCUGCCACCUUGGGCAGGCAUCCGAGUAGUGUGGGAGCUCCACGUGGAACAGGCAUAGACAGUGCUGGCCUGAAUGAAUUUGCCAAGUACGCCUUAGGCGCAAUCUGCAGCCAACAGUGGAUUCAUGAACGCUGCCUGAGAGAUCCCGAUGUUCUCUGUUCGCCGGAUCUGCUGCUGGAUCCAAUGCUGUCACACAAACAGGCGGAGACAUUGUUGCACAUGAUCUGCCACCCUAAGAGCACCACCAGUGGCAACACGAAUUCGUGGCUUUCCCCUGGCACCAGUAACAACGGCAUGGACACGUUUGGUUCUAUAGUGGGAAACAGUGUUGUUGGAAGUAGCAGCAGCAGCUCGGGAAGUGGUGCUAAUGGUGGCUCGGCAGGCGGUGGCUCAAGUCCACACGAAAGAGAACCAUGUGACCAGCGGCAGUUGGUGAGCCGGGUGCUACUGGGCUUGGACCAAUGGAGCAUGCGGGUGUCGUGGCUGGAGCUGCAGUUGCGCUACAAGCAGUGUGCCAGCCCUGCUGAGGUCAACGGAUGGCUAGACAGUGUAGCGCGGGCCACCAUUGAUGUCUUUCAGCUCACUAGCGAGGAGUCUUCUCUGCCUCUGUCAUCGUCCCACCGGUCCUCGGGAGGAGAUCCAUCUUCACCAAUGCCAUUUGCUAGGCCCAGCGGUAAUGGGGGCAGCAGCUAUGGAAGGCAAGAGAACGACCGUAUCUGGUUUGUGGCUCCGCUAAUAGCCAAGCUGCCUGCGGCAGUUCAGGGCAAGGUUUUGAAGGCCGCAGGACAAGUUCUGGAGAGUGGCAGCUGGGCUUUCAUCACUUCCUCGUCUUCUUCUAAGAACAAGGACAAAGACAGCAGCACCGCCCGCAUCUGCAGUGCAUCCCUACUGAGCCACCAGCUCCUGUCACUGGUGCUCAUGUGCCUCAAGGGCCAGGACGAACAGCGGGAAGGCCUGCUCAACUCUCUUCACUCACAGAGCCCUCAAAAGGAGAAGCCUGUAGCAGAGGACUUGAAGAGUCGGCUGCUACUGAACGAGGCACUGCUGCUGAGACUAAGUCUUGUGGGUGGCAUGUUUGACAUGAUACAGCGCAACAACAGCCUCACUACCGACUGGGCCCUGCUGCUUGUGCAGCUUAUCAACCAUGGGGUUGUGGACAUGCACUGCAACUUUGAGCUGUUCACUACGGUCCUUGACAUGUUGGCAGCACUCAUCCACGUAACCCAGAAUGCCGACAGUGUGUCCGGGGAAGAGACUCGCAAGCAGUAUCUCAACCUAGUGAAGAAGAUAAAGAAAGAUUUGUUAAACAGGCGCUCGGAGUCCAUGAAUAUGGUGCACCAGCUUUUGCCCCUCACUAAGCAGCAGUGUCAAGUGACCGCCUGUGAACCAAUGGGCAGCCUGAUUGAUACCAAGGGGAACAAGAUUGCUGGUUUUGACUCUAUAGACAAGAAGCAGGGUCUUCAAGUAGCUGAAAAACAGUUUGUUAGUCCUUGGGACUUGCUCGAAGGUCAGCGAAACCCAGCACCACUUUUGUGGGCGUGGUUCGGGGCAGUACGCAUGGAGCGCAAGCCUCGUCUGGAGGAGAUGCCCCGGAACAGUCUUCUGUGGCACACACAUUCCGCCCUUGCCAAGCCAGCUUCUUAUUUCCUGGAACCGCCACCCCUACCUCCCGAGGAGCUUUUGGAGCCACCUGCGAUCCUCCCGGCAGUGCCACCAAAUGUGGGAGUGGGUGGGCCUCACUUAGGUCCUCCCCCACACUUGGCCCCGCCCCCACACCUGGCCCCCCCCCACCACCUUGUGCCUCACCUGGCUCCACCUCACAUGGGCCAGCCCCCUGACAAGCAUCUGCAGAUGCAGCUGCUGGAAGAGUCCAAGCGAGCAUUGCACGAGAUACACAGCGCACCCUCACCGCGUGGAGGUGCCAAGAAGCCCAAGGCCCAGAGGCGGCCUCGCAAGGCCAAAGGUCUUGCAGGGCAGGCCCCGCCGGUCCGUGGCUCCUUGGCGUACCCCCCUGAGCAACAGCCCAUGUACCCCCAGGGACCACCUCCGCCUCCACAGCAGUGGUACGGACAGCAGCCACCACCCAUGCAGCAGCCAUCAUACUACGCACCCCAGCAGCCCUUGCCCCCAGGAGGACCCCGCUUUGAGCGCCAGCUUUCUCAGUCCAAGGCUGCUCUCAGCUCCAUGCUGCGAGCUCGUCACCCUUCAGCACAGUUUCUUGGUGGGCCACCGCAAGGAGCUCCCCAGGGCCCUCAGGGGGCACCUCAGGCCACCAUGCAGGGUCCAGUUGGUGGACCUGGAAGCGGCGGUGCGCCGCCGUAUGCCCCACCAAACAUGGACAUGCUGCAAAAGCAGCAGCAACAGCGUCAUCAAAUGAUGAUGCGCCAGCAACAGAUGCGCCCCCAGGGCAUGGCUCCUAUUAUUUUCGAGCUGUGGACUUUCCAUUUGCCUAUUGCCAUAUUUAUGCCUCCUCGUCCAGGAGGCAUGUACAAGUCGGUGCAUUUCCAAAAUGCAGCCAUGCUGAACUUUGGUUUCACAGAUAUUCCAACUUUAUUCUUGCACUAUGUGUUCAGAUUGGUUAAAAGUUUGCUUUCCUUCGGCAACCAGGAUGCCAUGGAUAGGUAG